AUGUCAUCAAGAAUGCUUAUCGUCGGGCGAGCUAUCGCGGGAAUAGGGGUCUCUGGAAGCCAGAAUGGCGCUUUCACCAUAGUUGCUGCUUCCGUUCCUCUAGAAAAGAGGCCGGCGUUAAUGGGCUUCUACAUUAAUCUUCCCAUCGGCGGUUUGGCUGCACUCCUGACUCUCCUCGUCCACAUCCCUGACCAGCGUGUGCAAAUCGACGACUCAUUUGCCAAGGUCCUCAGAUCCAAGUUCGACUUUGUUGGGUUCUUCAUAUUUGCGCCCUGCAUAGUCAUGUUUCUCUUGGCUCUGCAAUAUGGCGGUGUUGACUACCCCUGGAAGUCUGCUACCGUCCUCGGUCUCUUCUGCGGGGGUGGUGUGACCCUGCUGAUAUUUCUUUUAUGGGAGCGACACAUCGGGGAUGACGCUAUGAUACCUCUUCCAGUUAUUCGUCAGCGGGUGGUUUGGACUGCCUGCUUGACGAUGGCAUUCCUCUUCACCAGUGUCUUCGUCACUUCAUACUAUCUACCAAUUUAUUUCCAGUCUGUGAAGAACGCGUCCCCUUUCACCAGCGGCGUGAACAUGCUUCCGGGUAUUGUCAGCCAACUUGCUUUUGCAAUCAUCUCUGGUAUCAUGACGCAGAAAGUUGGAUACUAUCUCCCAUUUGCCGUCUUUAGUGGUGCCGUUGUCGCCAUCGGGAGUGGUUUGCUUUCCACCCUCGGCCCUCAGACCUCGACUGCGAGGUGGGUAGGCUACCAAAUUCUCGUUGGCUUCGCCCGUGGGGUAGGCAUGCAGAUGCCCAUCAUCGCGAUCCAGGCAAACACCCCUCCGGCUGUUACGCCUAUUGCAACGGCGAUACUGGUCUUCUCUCAAACUUUCGGCGGCGCCGUCUUCAUCACCGUCUCCAACGUCAUCUUCAACAACAAAUUGAGGUCUGAGCUUAACUCACGGCUGCCCGAUGUCAAUGCAGACAUCGUCAUUGACGCUGGUGCGACAGCGCUUAAAGAUAUUGUUUCUGCCGCCGACUAUCCUCAAGCUGUGGUGGCGUAUGCGAAGGGCGUAGAUGCCACGUUUUACCUUGCGGUUGCUGGGGCUGUGAUGAUGUUCUUCUGUGCAUGGGGCACGGGAUGGAAAGAUAUCCGCAAAAAGAAACCUACGGACACGGGCGAUACCUGA